AUGAAGUCCAACGGCCUCACCUUCCUCCUCGUGGGCAUCCUGGCUCUCUUUGCCACGAUGACCUCGGCUGGUCAUAAAGAGAUCUGCCUCCUUCCUAAGGUUGUAGGGAAAUGUCUCGCCUACAUGCCCCGUUAUUAUUACAACCCAGAGACCAAGAAGUGUGAGAAGUUCAUUUAUGGCGGCUGCGGGGGGAACGAAAACAAUUUUGAGACUUGGAAGGAGUGUCAUUACACCUGUGAAGAGAAACCGGGCACCUGCCCCAAGCCUCCCAAAGAUAUUGUCACCACCUGUGAUGUAAAAUGCGAGAAUGACUGGAAGUGCCCAGGGAAGAAGAAGUGCUGUCCCUAUGGGUGCAAGAUUGGUUGCUACUACCCACUGAAGUAGGCCCCGGAGAAGCAGCUGGAGACGUUGACUGAAAUUGGCCCUCUGCACAUCUCUGACGCAACCCACCUCCAUCCUCCCUCAAGAGAUUUGAACCAUGAUGGUUGUUCAAAGUUUCCUCUUCUCCUCAAUA